AGGCCCCGCCCCACUCUUUGCAGGACGUCACCGCGGACUGCAGGGGCCUGAGACGCCGCGACCGCCGCUGCCGCGCAGCCCCACAUCAGCGCACGGGGGACACCGUCCGCCGCAGCCAAAAAAGUCGCCGCUGCUAGAGUUGCCACCGUAUCGGUGCAGGGCAAGAUGGCGUCUGCCACAGACUCGCGUUAUGGGCAGAAGGAAUCCUCAGACCAGAACUUUGACUACAUGUUCAAGAUCCUCAUCAUCGGCAACAGCAGCGUGGGCAAGACGUCCUUCCUGUUCCGCUAUGCUGACGACUCUUUCACGCCUGCCUUUGUCAGCACCGUGGGCAUUGACUUCAAGGUCAAGACCAUCUACCGCAACGACAAGAGGAUCAAGCUACAGAUCUGGGACACAGCAGGACAGGAGCGGUACCGGACCAUCACCACAGCAUACUACCGGGGUGCCAUGGGCUUUAUUCUCAUGUAUGACAUCACCAACGAGGAGUCCUUCAAUGCCGUGCAGGACUGGUCGACCCAGAUCAAGACCUAUUCGUGGGACAAUGCACAGGUGCUGCUGGUGGGGAACAAGUGUGACAUGGAGGACGAACGAGUGGUGUCAUCAGAGCGUGGCCGGCAGCUGGCUGACCACCUCGGGUUUGAAUUCUUUGAGGCAAGCGCCAAGGACAACAUCAAUGUGAAGCAGACCUUUGAGCGCCUGGUGGACGUCAUUUGUGAGAAGAUGUCUGAGUCACUAGACACGGCUGACCCCGCGGUCACGGGUGCCAAGCAGGGCCCACAGCUCACGGACCAGCAGGCCUCCCCGCACCAGGACUGCGCCUGCUGAGAGCCUCUGGGUCCCCUCCCU